GUCUUACAACCAUGGCCGGACCCAGGCUCCCAAACUACUCACUGGUGCCAGGCAGUGGUGAAGGCGGGCCCAGAGGGCCAGUGUCAGUUGGGGUUGACACCCCGAUCUGGUUGAGCGCCCAUGCGGCCCCCGGCCGCCUGAUGGUCCAGCCGGGGAUCGGACCCGCAGUCUGUCCAGGCCCUGAGAUGUGGGAGGUGCCCCUGAAUCCGCAGACUUACGAAUUCCAGGGCAAGAUGGUGCCCUGCGAGCGCCUGGUCAGAGCUGGCGAGGCGCGGGCCUGGCUCCCGAAUCCCUUUCAGGGCGCCAUCCCUGGGCCGUACGUCACACUGCGGAGCAUCCCCAGUUUGGCACUGCCAGAGGACGUCUCGGUCACAGAGAAAGAGAUGGAGCAGCUGGCCAACGAGCUCAGGCAGAAGAGGAUGACCCUGGGGUACUCGCAGGCUGACGUGGGGUUCGCCGUGGGGGCUCUUUUUGGAAAGGAGCUUAGCCAGACAACCAUCUGCCGCUUUGAGUCCCAGCAGCUCAGCCUGGCCAACAUGUGGAAGCUGCAACCGCUGCUGAAAAUGUGGCUGGAGGAAGUGGAUACCAAGAACCUGCUGGGCUUAUGCAGAAUGGAGAUGAUCCUGCAGCAGGCUCGGAAAUGGAGACAGGCAAGCAGGGAGCGGCGCAUCAGAAACAACCUGGAGAAACUCUUCCUGCAGUGCCCAAAGCCCACAGCCCAGCAGAUCAGUUGCAUCUCUGCGGAGCUCCAGCUGCAAAAGGACCUGGUCCGAGUUUGGUUCUAUACCCGGAGCAGGAUGAGCAGUCAGCCAGCCAGAUAUUUCUCCCCACCAGAGGAGGGGGCGGCAAUCGGACCUCCCUUCCCAGGGGGACUGGUGUGCUUUCCCCUGUCGUCAGAGUUCCAUUUUGGUUCCCCUUACUAUGGGGGCCCCUACUUUACACCCUUGUACCCCUCUGCCCCUUUCCCUGUAGGGAGAGCCCUCCUCUCUGCCCCGGCCACCAACCUGGGCCUUCCCAGGCUUUCAAGCCAAGGGGCCUGCCUUUCUGGGGAGGACCACGCUGGGGAAACCAGUCCCUGGCAUUCCUUCCUGGACUUUUAGCAUUAAGUUCUCCAUUCACUGUCUAAAGUUCAGAAUAAGU